UCUCAGGUCUGUCAGAGUCAGUCUGCCUGAACGAAGGAGCGGGUGAGUGAGUGAGAGAGAGGGAGAGAGAGCAAGGAAACAAAGCCGGGGGAAUCAUGUCUGACGCCGAACCAGCCCUGCCCCAGGACCAGACCGGCUGCGCUGUCUGCUCGGCGCCCAUGAAGGCCCCCCCGCCCUGCGGCCACCAGGUGUGUGCGUCCUGCCUGGGAGGGGGGGGCUGUCCCAGGUGCCAGAGCCCCGACCCCUCCCGGCUGAACGGGACAGGAGAGGGGGACGACGGGGACCUCUCUGUUAUCAGCACAGAGGAGCAGGGGAAGGUGGAGUCAGACCCCAAGAGCGCGGAUGAGGCCAAGAUACAGGAGGACCUGCGGGAACCGGAGGACCCCGAAAAACCAGAGGACCCCGAAAAAGCGGAGGACCCUGAAAAAGCGGAGGCCCCCAAAGAAGCGGGGCCCGGUGAGGAGGUGGGGGAGGCCCCCCCAGGGCCGGACGAUGUGGUGUGCGACUCCUGCAUCGAGGCCCCCCGCCGGGCGCUCAAAUCCUGCCUCACCUGCAUGGUGUCGUACUGCCAGGCUCACCUGCGCCCCCACCUGGAGAACCCCAAAUUCCAGAACCACCGGCUGGUGGAGCCGCUGAGGGACAUCGAGAGGCGCACCUGCGAGGCCCACAGGCGGCCACUGGAGCUGUACUGCCAUGCCGACGCCUGCUGCCUCUGCCAGGACUGUGCCAGCGAUGAGCACCACGGCCACAACACCCUGCCCGUCAGAGACGCCCGCCGGGACAUCGAGAAAGAGCUGCGAGAAAAACAGAAGGAGAUGCUGAAGACCGUGACCGCUGCGGAAAACGCCAUCAACAAGCUGCAGACCAACACAGUCACCAUCGAGAACUCUGUGACGGAGGUGCGCGCAGUGAUUGUGCAGCAGUUCUCCGAGCUGCAGGUUGCCGUGGAGAAGGCCCAGCGGGAAGUGAUGGAGAUCCUGGAGGGCGAGGAGAAGCAGGCGGUGAGCCAGGCGGAGGGGAUCCGGGCUCACCUAGAGCAGAAGUGCGGCGAGCUGAAGAAGACCCAGACGCAGGUGGAGAAGCUCUCCAAGAACAAGCACGACGUCGACUUCCUCCAGGAGUACUCGGAGUGGAGGAAGGAGAGCGUGGACGUGUCCCUGCCCGGGGUCUACAUCGGGCUGAUGGACCGGCUCACCAUGUUCAGCCAGGUGGUGACCGAGUCCACCCGCGAGCUGUGCUCCACGCUGCUUUCCGCCUACCGGGACAAGCUGAAGGAGACCUGCAGGAACGACAAACUGGGGAUAAAAACCACUGUCCACGCCAUCAUAGCUGCUCAGAACCACAGCUCUGUGCCUGACCCAAAGACCAGAGAGGACUUCCUGAAGUACGCCACGCCUCUCAGCUUUGAUGCUGACACCGUGCACAAGUUCCUGCGCCUGACGGAGGAGAGCAGGAAGGCCACCAACACCACGCCCUGGCAGCACGGGUACCCGGACGUGCCCGAGCGCUUCGAGCACUGGCGCCAGGUGCUGGCGGCCGAGAGCUUCUACCUGGGCCGGCACUACUUCGAGGCAGACGUGAGCGGGGAGGGCACGCAUGUGGGCCUGACCUACAAGAGCAUCGACCGCAAGAGCCAGGAGAGCAACGGCUGCAUCACGGGCAACGGCUUCUCCUGGUGCCUGCAGUGGAACGGGCGUGGCUUCUCCGCCUGGCACAGUGACGUGGAGACGCCCCUGAAGGUGGAGAGGUUCACGCGGGUCGGGGUCUACGUGGACUUUGCCAAGGGCGUACUGGCCUUCUACGGCGUGGGCGACUCCAUGGCCCUCAUCCACCAGUACCAGGCCGAAUUCCUGGAACCCCUGUACCCCGCCUUCUGGCUCUCCAAGAAGGAGAACGUGGUUGUUCUGGUGAAUCCUGGGGACUCCCUGCCCCUGAAGAGCCCCUCUCCCCCCUCCACACCCCCCAGCCAAACCACGGCCCCUCCACCACAGCAGCAGUAGAUUUCCAGACUGCACCUCAGAACUCUCCCCCCCUCCCAGCCCCAUUCGCAGAUCUUUACUGAGUCAGAACAUGCACCCUGUAAAGACUGUAGGAUGGCAAAGAACUUGGAUCUUGAGAAAAACAGAACAGAACUGAAAAAGUUAAAUUCAUUAACACUUAAACUGAAGUGGGUCUUAUGUUCAUUCAUAAAACCCAUUCAUAACACCUUAAUAAGCAUUAAAUAGUUCAUCAUAAAUAUUGUCAUGAGCAUAAAUUAAUAUAUUAACCAGUUUAUAACAACUGUUUUUCAUAGGAAGUAUGGCAUAUGAUGUUAUAAUGUUUAUUAGUGCCUCAUGACCGUAUGUUACAAGUAAUAAGCUGGUCAUAUUGUUUAUGGGUGCAUUUGGCAAUGGUUAUGGCCAUUAUUUAGAACUCAUUAAGCCUUAUAAAUUCUUAUAAUGCUGCAAAAGGCCCAAAUGAAGAUAAAUCUACAUACAAACAAAAAAAAUGUUCUAAAAAACAUACUGAAUUCUUUUCAAACGUGACAUGGUUGUCAGCCUUUUUUCAGAAAGAUUCAAUCUAGCAAGAGUCCUUGGUUCCAGGCUCUUCAGCUGUUAUUAGAGAAGGUGUAUGGGACUUUUGAAACCUCAAAUGAGGUGCCUAAAAGAGGCUUUCAUCGGACUUUAUUACCUUUUGUUUACAUUGGUUACAUAAUCAACUGUACGGUAUGCAACAAAAAUGUGACGGGUCUCUGCAAUUAUCGAUUAACCAAUGCAAUCCAGAGCAGACUCUUCCACUGUGACUGUUAUUGGGAUACCAGUGUUUCUCUCUGCUCCCUCUCUUCGGCAAAGUGCCAAAGCUGCUGUUACCUUUGUUCAGUGCACUGUGACUUUCUGGUUGACUCUCUGUGUGACUGCAAACCUGUGUUUGGCAAUAA